AUGAGUGGGUACGGUUUGCAGCUUAGGAAGAAGCCAGUGGCCACCAGGCCCACCCUCCCGCCUCCGGCUCCUGGUUUCGGGGCUGGGGAUGAGGAUGACGACGAUGUAGAGAAGGAUAUCGCCCGCCAGGCUGCUAUGAAAAGGUCGAAGAAGGAAGUAAGGCUCCCUGACUCUGAUCUUUAAACUUUUAUAGGGGGAAGGCCUAAGUUGGAUGUUUUACUUGAUCCACCGCAUGAAGCAGUGACCAUAGUUUCCGAAAUAAACGCUAGGAUGAACGUUAAUAUAAUAGGAUAUACGAUAAAGACAUACACAUUAGGAUGACUAAUAUCUAAUGCCUAUUCUGGAGAUUUAGAUAUUUUAUGGUUGAUUUAAUUCCAAUAGAAAACUGCGAAGGGAAUUCCCUCGAACCUCUUCCGUAUUUUUUCUAUAGCGUAAUUCUUUCACUACUUGGCAUUGUCUAGCUCUUUAUUUCUUGAUGUGUGGUAUACACAAGCUUGGGAAUGAAAAUUUCGCAGCUUUCAGGUCAUACUCAGAACCUCUGCUACGUUUCUCUAGUCUCUACGUUUACCUCAAUUGAUUCACAUACCUUUAAAUAUUCCUUCAUCUCUGGUUUCUUAUUGGCAGUUGAUGUUUCAUGGUGUCCUCACUUUUCAUUAUUUUUUGUUUCUGAAGACAGAGGCCAUGCACAAGAAAGCCUUAGCGGAGGAUUCUUCUAUUUUUGACUAUGACGGGGCAUAUGAUAAGUUUAAGCAGGAGACUGUCCGGCCUCUUGCACAGGAUAAGACAGAGCGGAAGGUACUUUUCAAUUUUCUCAUUCCGCUUUGAUAAAUUUUGGCCUUCAUCGACCAUCAACAAAGAAAGAUACAUGGACGCACUGUAGUUUUUUAUUUCCAGUCCGCCUGUAAAAUAUCUUUCAGAAAAGUAGAAGAAAGUGAACUUCGAGACAGAACAUGAUCUUUUUUUUCUUAAGUUUGUUCAAAUACUCAUUCUUUGAGUGACAAAUAUGUUUGCGAUUUUAAAUAAUUUUUCUUGGAUUAAAUUAUUAGUAAAGCUUUGGAGGAGGGGAUGGUUUUUUUGUUUAGUAUUAUUACCUUUUGAUAGUUAUUUUUCAAGGUUCUCAUUGUUAUCCUUUCCUUUGUGAUGACAUUUUAUAAAUGAUCAACAUUAUCAUCAAACUUGUGCUGCCAGCCUGAAGUCAGAUUUACUUUCGCUAUAACGCUGUAGACUUGAUAGUUGCUAGCUGGUGAAAACGGACCACCUUGCUGAAAAUUCUGGAAGUUGGAUUGUAGACCCCUUGGAUCACACUAUAUUCCUUUAAAUUAGUUUGGAUGACUGGUUCUGAACGUUUACAUACAAUGCAGAUUAAAGAGACUAUUCUAUGAAGCUUUCUAUGAAACUAUUCUAGAAUAAUCAUAGACUAGUCCAUGACUAUUCUAUGAAGACAAUGUCAUUCAACCUUUAUGUCCGAACAAGAUCAUUAUCUACCUGAGGAUAAAUCUAUUUGCAUAUUCUUAUGACUUGAAAAUUUGUUUUAUGAAACUAAAUGAGUCAAAAUGCCGUGUCUGAUAAAGAACAGAAUAAGUUUUUUAUUCAUCAUAGCAUUUCCUUUUCAGUUCUUGUUGAUCAUACUGAAGCACUAAAACAUCUGUGAGUGAGCAUAAAAAUUACACAACGGAGAAAAAAACCCUUGAAAAGGAACAAGCUUAGUAAUUUUCAAUCAAGUGAAAAGAAGAAGUAAAAGACAACCGUGACUAAUACGUAUGCGUUGUGCGUGCUUCAAUCUGCUGCGGCCAGCAGUACUUUGAAUUUUCGAUGUUCUCUGCAUUUUAUACAUAUGUGUGCGUAAAGCAUUUGAAGGCCAUUCCGAUGAUCAGGUAGACUCGUGGACCUACGAUAGAGUUCUAAUACUUCUAUCCAAUGCGUGUUUUUGGAGUAUUUUGAUAUAAUGCUGACCAAAACCAUCCUUUAGGACGUUGAAAUGCAAAUGCAAAGGUUGUGAUUUAUUGGAAAUAAUUGUGUAUGUCAAGAUCAUUGUCAUUCCUUUUAUCUUUUCCUCAUCUGUAUGUACACAUUUUCAUUUUUAAGUUUAUUGCAUAUGAGGAUCUAAUGGUCUUGAUGCCUUACCAUUCAGCCAAAAUACAUACUGAAACUGAUGGAGAAAGCCAAAGAACGGGAGCGAGAGCAUGAAAUCGUCUACGAAAAGAAGUUGCUCAAAGAGAGAAGCAAAGACGAUCACCUUUUUUCUGACAAAGAGAAGUUUGUUACAUCUGGCUACAAGAAAAAGCUUGCUGAGCAGGCAAAGUGGCUGGAAGAGGAGCGCUUACGUGAACUUCGAGAGGCGAAAAAUGAUGUACGCUUCUCCAACUCAUUUUGACUUUUCCUUCCUUUAUUAAAUUGCGGCGUCCUUGUGAUCCUAUCAAGACACUCGAUUCAUUCAGAUUUUCUUAGCCAAAUCGUUAUUUUGAGUGAAAUUCAUUAAAUAUUUAUUAUUUUAUUCUUUCGCGAAUGAAAGUAGUACUUCUCAUAUGGUGUCUUCUCAUAUGGUGAAACAAACUAAAGCAUGUCCAGGUAGCUGAGCUUUUUGAUCUAAAUCUGAAUGAGUACAUGUAUAAGAGGACCCAGAUCCUGAUCACUACCUUACGGUCAACGUAUGAAAAGCCUAGUACAACAGUGAGUCUAUCAGAGUAUAGGUGAAAGAGAAAUCAUCCUCUAUUCGGAGCCUUCUCCCUUCUCCUGCAUAAUGACUAGUGCAUAUGUCUCCACAUCCAAAACUACACCUGGACUGGCUUGGAUGCUGACUGGACAAUUCUGUGGUGACUUGGCACCUGGACGAAAUGGCUGAUCUUACAUGGAUAGGGAAAUUCAAGGCCUUGUCUCUCCUCUGGCCAGAGGGAGAGCUGAAGAACAGUCAAAAGUAAUCAGAAGAAGAGGCUGCUGCAGCCAGCAGAAGCAAGAGAACAGGAGAGAAGGCAGUUGAAUAUUAAUUAUUUUGAAUCGGAUUUUGGAAAUUAAAAAAAAAUCUUUGGUCUAGGAUCUUUCUAUAUCUGUCCUUUAUUCCUUUUCUCUCUUUUUAUUUUUAUUUUAUUUUAUCAUCACAUGAUAAUCUCUGGUCGAUGGCCCUUCAUCCUCUUCUUUGAUUCGGCUGCUGAAACAAUGCUUGAUGAUGCAUUAUUUUUUCCUAGAUCAGAUCUCCGGCAUGGCUAAUCCGGGUCAAAAUAUGGUUUUGCCCAACAGGUGACGAAGGGCGAUCUCACUGAUUUCUACUUCAAUCUGAAUAAAAACGUCGCCUUUGGAGCCGGAGGAUCUGAACCCAAGAAGCCUUCUGUAACACCCGAGCCUGCACCUGAUAGGCCCGCUGAGAGGCAGGUCAAGGAAUACAGUCAACCCCUAGCUUCCCCCAGCAGAGCCUCCACCCCGGACGUCCCACGGCACCGAGGAGUCGCUUCCCAGCCACCAGAACCGGCGGCGCAGCCGGCGGCGGCGGCGGAAGAGGCGGAAGAGGCGGAAGAGGCAGGUGCCGCCAAGGAGCAACCGCCGGUGGAACGAUACAAGAGAACAGAGGACGCGGUGGCCGCAGCCAGAGACCGCUACCUGGCGAGGAAGAGGGCGAGGGGCCCGGAGCUCUUCUGA